AUGGCAUCAAAUCCAAUGGGCAAAUGCUGUAUUAUCGGCGUCAAGCAUGAAGGCACACCCAAAGGCAGUGUCAAACAAAUCGGCAACAUCCGCGCAUACUUUACCUAUCCCGAAGACGGCAGCACCGAAAAUGCCAUUGUACUCAUGACAGACGCCCUAGGCAUGGACUUUCCCAACACCCAGCUCAUAGCCGAUCAAUUCGCCGCCAACGGCUACCUCGUCGUCAUCCCAGACGUCUUCAACGGCAUCCACAUCCGCUUCCCCAUGCCCCCUUCAUUCAACUUGCUGGACUGGGUCGAAAACACCAUGCCGCGCCCACCCACCGUCGACCCCAUCUACGAAGCCGUAAUCAAGCAUCUCCGCAGCGAGCUUGGCGUCAAGCGACUCGGCGGCGUAGGCUACUGUUUCGGCGGCAAAUACGUGUGCAGGUUGUUGAAAGAAGGGGGUCUGGACGCGGGAUUCGUCGCGCACCCGAGUUUCGUCGAGGCCGAGGAAGUAAGGGGUGUGGCGCGGCCGUUCAGUAUUGCUGCUGCAGAAAAUGAUGAUAUUUUCCCUGCUGCAAAGCGCCAUCUCACAGAAGAUAUUCUUAAAGAGAUAAAGGUGCCUUAUCAGAUAUUUCUGUACUCCCAAGUCGAGCAUGGAUUCGCUACAAAGGGAGAUUUGGCAAAUGAUCACGAGAGGUUCGCAAAGGAACAGGCGUUUUUCCAGGCGGUGUUUUGGAUGGAUGAGUAUGUCAAGAGGGGGCGAGAUGCAUGA